AUGUCGACUGUGUGGGAAAUUCCCUCUGUCCACUCUCCGCCGCUCCUUCUCCUCUCACUCGUCCCUGCCUGUCUCGAGUCGAGUUACGGCGCGGCGGCAGACGACGGGUGCUCAACUCGACAGGAGAUGGCUGGCGAGGAGAUGGAGAGCGGACGGCGAGCUGCGCUGCAACGACGGACUGUUCUUGUGGUUCUCUCUGUUCUUGUGGUUCUCACCAUUACCUUUGAACUGCUCAAGAUCAAGCUCGAGGAACUCGCAGAGGGUCCCAUGGAGCCGCUGAUGGACUCGAUGUGGAAGGAGCUGACCAUCAUGGGCUUCAUCGGCCUCAUCUCGUUCCUCGCCUCAAAGUCGGGCGCCUUGCGUGGUCUCUCUUGCCAGCUGUAUGGCGAUGCAGAGACGGUGGCUGAAGACGUCGAGGCCAUCCACAUGCUCCUCUUCCUCGUCAUGUGCAUCUUCCUCCUCCUCGUCGUCCUCCUCGUCGUCCUCGGCAAGAAGGUCCAGGCCAACUGGGCUCGCCUCGAGGCUGACUGCGCCGACAAGGCAGCCGUCGUCACCCGCGCCCUGGGCCCGACCUCGAAAGGCGACCGCCGCUCCCGGCUCACAUGCUCUCUGACGCUCGCCGGCUUGCAGGCUACCGGCAAGAUCGAGGCGCUCGAGUACCUCCUCCUCCGCGAGAUGUUUGUCCAUCCCUGGGAGGAGGCCGCGCCCGACUUGCCUGACGACUUUGAGUUUGCCCGCUAUCUCACGCUUUGCCUCGGCGAGGAGCUCGGCGAGAUCGUCGAUGUCCAUUGGCUCACCUGGGCCUUUCUCGAGCUCAUCUUUGUCGCCAUCUACUUUGGCUUUGCGCUCUCGGCUCCGCUCAAGGUUGUCGCCUAUCUCGGCGCGGGCUACCUGGCCUGCGGCGCGCUGCUCAUCAUCCGCUUCAAGCUGGCGCGGAUCCGGACAAGCCUGCUCCCGCCCGACGUGCUCAAUGCCGACGUGAACGAGCUUGCCCCCGAGCUGGGCCUCGACCGCGACGAGUCGGGCGCGCUGGCCGAGGUUGUCCGCCCGCACGGCGCGCCGCGGCCCAGACGGGCCCGCCUCCAACCAGGCUAUCUGGCAGCGCCAGCGCGCGCAGGAUGCAUGCCGUGGUUGCCGCGGCUCUUUGGCGUCGCCAACCGUCAUGAGCGGCUGUUCUGGUUCGGCGCCGGUGGCCCGCGGUUCGUCUUUGGCUGCAUCCAGAUGUCGCUCCUUGUCGUCGCGCUCUACGUAGCCAUCUUUGGCUUUUACAUCUCGCGAGUCAUCCUCUCGCUUGAGCUUGGUGGAGUCUGGAAGGGCUGUUUGUUUGUUGUCGGCGCCGUGCCAGUGGUGGCCGUCGUCGGCGAGCUCCUCCCGGCCAUCAUCACCCGCCACAUCGAGGUCUGCAACGUCGAGAUGCUCAAGGACAAGCAGCUGAUGGUCGAGGUCGAGCGCCACAUGAAGACCGUCAAGUCGCUCGCCGCUCUACGGCUGCUCAACAUGGCCACUUUUUGCACUCAGUUCCGCAACCUGCAGUCCGAGGCCGGCGGCCCGCUGCCGACGGCGGCGGCCUCGGUCAACGCCCGCCCAAGUGCCGGCGCGUCCGAGGACGCACCGCUGCUGGCGCCUGACGACGAGCGCCUGGCGCUCAUGCGGGAGAUGUUCGAGACGUUCGACUCGGACUCGUCGGGCGAGAUCUCGCUCACCGAGCUCUCGGCCCUGCUGCGCUCGCUCGGCUUUGCCGCCGACGACGAGCUGGUCACCUUUAUGGGCCAGGCUGUCGACGUCGACGGCUCGGGCGACAUCGACUUUGACGAGUUCUGCCUCCUCAUCGAGGGCUACCACCGCAUGCAGAGCAUGUCCAUCGACGAGUCCAUCACAGCCCUCUUUGAGCUCUUUGACAAGGACUCAUCUGGCUCCAUCUCGGUCGCAGAGUUCUCCGACGUCCUCAACUCGAUCUCCUCGCUCUUCUCCGAGCACGACAUCAAGGAGCUGGUUGUUGAAGUCGACACCAACGCUGACGGCAUCAUCGACAUGAACGAGUUUGCCGUCUGGGUCCGCGCCCACUCAAAGUAG